CCCUCCAAAACCCUUUUCUUCUACCAACUCAAUCUAGAAGCGAUUACUGCGAGGACACAUUGUCCACCCAGCGAAGUACUAUAAAACAUCCCCAACUCCACUCGAAGGCUAAGUUCCAAAGAACCGAAGCUCUCACAUCCCAAUGACUAGGUAACACCAAUAUCCACUAACCAACAUCAAUCACUCUAAAGUUGCUAACUCUCCUGCAAGCAAGCAAGCACAAAAACAGAUGGGGAGAUCUCCAUGCUGUGAGAGAGCGCACACCAACAAAGGGGCAUGGACUAGAGAAGAAGAUAAGCGUCUCGUUGCUUAUAUCGAAGCUCAUGGUGAGGGUUGCUGGAGGUCCCUGCCAAAAUCAGCUGGCCUUCUUCGUUGUGGAAAGAGUUGCCGUCUUCGAUGGAUCAACUAUCUACGCCCUGAUCUUAAGCGUGGGAAUUUUACUGAAGAAGAGGAUGAGCUCAUUAUCAAACUCCACAGCCUCCUUGGUAACAGGUGGUCUCUCAUAGCGGGGAGGCUACCAGGAAGGACAGAUAACGAGAUCAAGAACUAUUGGAAUACCCAUAUAAGAAAAAAGCUGCUGAUCAGAGGAAUUGACCCUUCGACUCAUCGACCAAUCAAUGAAUCAGCCAUUGACAGCAUGACCACCUCUCUCGGUGCAGUUCUGAAAGAUGAGAUCACUUCUGGCUUUGGGUGCAAAAACCAGAAGAACCCAAAUGGAGAAAAGUGUCAGGAAUUGAAUCUUGAGCUGAGGAUAUGCCCUCCCUAUCAGCACCCACCUCAGUCAAUGGAGAGCAUAGGCAGGAAAAUAAUGUGUUUCUACUGCAGCUUAGGAUUGAAAAACAGCAAGGAUUGCAGUUGCAGUAAUGACAGUGACGAUUUCCUUGUUAUGAAGAACGGUGCUCUGGAUUACAGAAGGUAGAAAGCGAAGAGAGAUUCUGAAGUAGGCUUAUUUAUUGUGAAUAGAUAAAGACAGAUUUUUAAUAUGAAAUAUCUUUUCUCAGCUUGAAAGCAAUGAUGCUUAAGCUUAAUGACCUAUGAAACUGUCCACCUAAGUCCAUAAAUUAAACAGCCAACCCCCCCUUCUGUUAUCA